UUGAAUUUUGAACUCACCAUUGGUCUACCGAAGGCGCGUCUCGUAGCAUAUCUUCUUACAGGGACGUCAAGAAAUGCUGAAAACGGGACUGAUCAAAACCAUAAGACUAUCCUUUUUAAGACCCCAUCAAUUUUAAAUUACGCAGUUGAUACCUGUUUCAGAAAGAAAACCCUCAAAGCUAGCAAGAGACUGGAGACAUAUGCUGAAGUGGUAGGGGUGAAAAAUUGAUAUAAAGCAUAUAUAUGUGAUGCCUCUGUUUUUAUGAUUUCCAACUUACAUUGGAAUUUUGGCAGAGGAUCUUGUUCUUUCCAUUGGAAAUAAUUUGUGAGUUGAAAUAAAUUUUUGAAAGCAUACAGAGCGACAACAACAAACAGAACUCAUGGGCACCAGGGAGCAUCGUUACCCUUCCGGGUCGGACUACCCGAGCUUGGUGAUGCGCUAGUUGUCACUGUCGAGCUUGAUAUCGAUGUCUGCCUUGGGGAUGAUGUGGUGGGGUAG